UGGUGGGGGCUCGUGUGAGGGGCUCGGGACGAGCGGUUGGUUGGUUGAUGGGGGAAACAACAACAAGCUAGGCAUCAUGAGGGUCCCUGAAACACUGAUCUGGGCCGCUUUUCUCAUCCAAAAGGUGGUGGGAGAGUACGGCAUGGCCCACUUCAGUGACAAGGGCAAGAGCAAAGGAAAGGAUUACUGCAUAUUCUUCAACUCACAGUGGGCACGUCUACCUCAGGACCUCAAUAAGGCGUCACGUCUCCAGAUUUAUGACCUCACAACAUCGGUCUUGUGCUCACCCUCUGAUGUCCCAGAGGGAGGCUUCCCAAAUCGUAUCCCCAUGGUGAUGAGGGGAAACUGCACUUUCUAUGAAAAGGUCCGACUGGCCCAGAUUAAUGGAGCCAAGGGCCUGCUCAUUGUCAGCAAGGACAGACUGACGCCACCAGCAGGAAACAAGACUCAGUAUGAGGAGAUUGACAUCCCUGUAGCACUGCUCAGCUACUCUGAUAUGCUGGACAUUAGCAAGACCUUUGGUAAAGGAAGACUGGUUGCCAUGUAUGCACCCAAUGAACCGGUGUUGGACUACAACAUGGUGAUCAUCUUCUUGAUGGCAGUGGGAACAGUUGCUAUUGGAGGUUACUGGGCUGGCAGCAGAGACAGCAAGAAGCGCUACAUGAAGCACAAGCGGGACGACGGCGCGGAGAAGCAGGACGAGGAGACCGUAGACGUCACCCCCAUCAUGAUCUGUGUGUUUGUGGUCAUGUGCUGCAGUAUGCUGGUGCUACUCUACUUUUUCUAUGACCGCCUGGCAAUUUGGGUCAUAGGCAUCUUCUGCGUGGCCUCUUCUGUCGGCCUCUACAGCUGUCUGUGGCCUUUUGUCAGGAGACUCCCUUUCUGCAAGUGCAGAGUUCCAGAGAAUAACCUGCCGUACUUGCACAAGCGGCCGCAGAUCCGCAUGUUGCUGCUGUCGGCCCUCUGCAUCGGUGUAAGCAUCACCUGGAUGGUGUUUCGCAACGAAGACCAGUGGGCGUGGGUGUUACAGGACACCCUGGGGAUCGCCUUCUGUCUCUACAUGCUAAAAACAGUCAGACUGCCCACAUUUAAGGCUUGCACUUUACUGCUGGUGGUCCUUUUUGUCUACGAUGUUUUCUUUGUAUUUAUUACACCCUUCUUUACAAAGAGUGGGGAAAGUAUAAUGGUGGAGGUAGCGGCUGGUCCCUCUGACUCCUCCACACAUGAAAAGCUGCCCAUGGUGCUCAAAGUGCCAAGGUUAAACUCCUCUCCUCUGGCUCUGUGUGAUCGGCCCUUCUCCCUCCUGGGCUUUGGCGACGUCUUAGUACCAGGUCUGCUGGUGGCGUACUGCCACAGGUUUGACAUUUUAACACAGUCCUCCAGGAUCUACUUUGUGGCCUGUACAAUCGCUUACGGCAUCGGCCUGCUGAUCACCUUCGUGGCUCUGGCUGUGAUGCAGAUGGGUCAGCCGGCCCUGCUCUACCUGGUGCCUUGCACUCUGCUCACCAGCCUCACUGUAGCGCUGUGGCGCAGGGAGUUGCCCCAGUUCUGGACUGGAAGUGGAUUUGUGCCUGCCAUAGCGCUCGCACCGAUCAACUGUACACAAACUGCAGCGCCACAGACAGAAAGGCCCUCAACUAAACCGGAGCCACAAACCACAGAAGCCACCAAUCAGAGCGAAGCCUCGCCCCAGCGCUCACCUCAGGAAACACCCCUAUCUGAGAAAGAGGAAGAGGAAAACAAAUCUAACUGAAUGGACUUCUAGUACGGCAUUUUCCAUUUCAUUUCACGUUUUAUUUGUUGUAAAGUUUUUUUUUUCUACAUUCUGUCUCAGUCAAUGGACAUUUUAAGUAGGGACAUUAAUGUGCACUUGGUUGCGAAGGGAAGAGCAGAGGAGAUCUGGCUCAGCGGGGCACCGGGACUGGACGCACGAGGUUGAAGUGUUGAAACUGUCAAACACACUAAAAAAAACAUGCUAAAAGCCUCCAAACCCUCAUCUACUAUCAGUCUAAACCACCUGUAAAGGGAAUGAAAAGCCAAAUCUGGAAACUACAACACUAAAUAGUCCCCUUACUUCCAUCAGAGGAUCUUAAAAGCUCUAAAGGCCCAGUCACACCAGCAUUUAAAACAAAUUCAUUCAGCAAAAUAAAUUAAUUUAAAUGGAAAUGCUGCACUCGGUGGAUUCAUUCGCAGGGGGCGAAGUAAAUCUGUUUAACUUUUUUGCAUUAAGUUGAACUUGCCGAUGUGCAAAUUUGUGACCUUUUAGAGAGAACGAAGAGUCAACGUAGAGGAAGUUACUGUAGCUUAUUAGUGUUGCAUCAUCCAUGUUUACCUCUGUCAGAGUAUGAACUGCCCCACAAAGGAGGAAUGGUUCACCGAAAGUUAUGAGACAGGAGUUGACAGACAUGUCUUAAAUGUGUGAACUUACUUUACCAUUCAUGACCGGCUUUUUUCCAUCUUAUUUCUCCCCUCAGUAACUCUUUAUAGAGUGAAAUGUACAGUCCUGAGAGGCAUAAACAACCCAGUACAGAGUGACUAGCAUGUUCCCAGCUAGCUAGCAUGUUAACACUUAAAGCAGUUUACCAACUAGCUCAUGCAAGUAUCUCCUUUGUCACUAAGCUUCCCCAAAAAAAAGUAUUUCUCAAAGACUCGCAGACUAAUUUUGUUGAGCCACUUUCUGGUGUGACCGGGCCUUAAAGGUCUCAGUAUGCUUGAAACAAUCUUGCUUGUACAAAAUGUGUCGCACGAGGGGGUUUCAAGCACUUAGUUUGAAGCAAACUGAGGCCUUAUUCUCCAAAGCACACAUAUAUACACACUUCAUAAAAAGCCAUUUUAGCCGCAUUUAUGUUAUAUUUUGACAUUUGUAUGUUUAUAAAGCACAGCAGUGGUGGAUGAAGAGUUUCAUACCCUUUCAAAUGUGGUGCUAUCAGGGUUGUUGACUGAGCCAAACCUACAUAUUUAUGUUUUUUUUAAACUGAAGCAUUAGUUGACGUUUUCCCUUCUUUUUGUUAAUAUUUUUCUUUUUUUUUUUUGCAUGCUAUGAUUUUGCCCUUUAUAUAAAACAGUGUAUAAUCUAUAGUACAGACUUCGUAUAGGUGGAGCGACAGUUAAAACUCGGGCCACCGCACUUCUGUUCACCCCAGUUUUUAUUCAUAUUGUCUUAACUGGUUUUGGCCUUACUGUGUCCAUGUUGAGAUGUACAGCAGGAAAAUACAAGUACUGUACUCAAAGACGUGCUGUAGUUUGUAUGAGGAGCGAGUGACAGACAGGCUGUGUGACCGAUGUUUGGUUUAGUUUGUAUGAAGCAUUUGCACAAUAUUUUUUAAUUCAUGGGCUGACAGAUGUUUGGUUCAUGUUUGUAUAUGUUUAAUGUAUACUCAUGAAAUUUAAAGAAACAGAAAGCAAAGUAUCAAUAUAUCAAAUAAUCCUUCUGCUUUUGUUUUCCAUUUCUGACCUGACGGUGUCUGUAUAUCACUAUAGAUAUAUUUCUUAUUCAGUUAUGAUGCCUAUUAACCAAGUUCAACAUUUCUGCAUAAGAAUUGAGAUCAAAAAGUGGAAAACACAUUUGCUGAAGGUCAGAGGUCAAAUGAGUACAAGCUUAGUGGUCUGGGUGUGUGCCCUCGCUGAUUCAACAGCACAGCGGUUCCAGGACAUGAGAUGAUUCAUUCACCAGUAUAGUUUGUUGUCACCAAGUGGUUUUUAAUGCCUCUGUUGAGGACUACAUAUAAUAAACAAACAUUGUAUUUAA